GAUAUCAAAGCUUUUAGGACGAAUACGUCAGAGUACGCGUAGUGGAACUCUUUUAGUUUGCGGAUUCUUUGUUGCCUACAACGAUGCCGCACUGCUCCUCGAGACCGACCAAAUGUUAACUAUGAGUCUAACCCCUUAAACUUAAAUAUAAAAAGGCGGUAUUUGAGUGUUAACUUACUUAUUGGUUGAAAAAACAAGAAUGGCCACCGACGAGCGUAAUUUCCGGUCCGUUUACUACGAAAAGGUCGGUUUCAAGAGCGUCGAGGAGAAAAAAUCGCUGGAAAUGCUUUUAAAAGACAGACCGCUGGACCGCGCCAAACUGAUGCAAUUUUGUCUGCGCUUCUACGUGCCCUACACGUACCGCGGCCUCGUGUGGAAGCUAACGUUGGGUGUCGUUCCCAUUUACGUAGACAGUCACCCCUUGGUAAUGAACCAACGGAGGCAAGAAUUCAGCGAUCUGCAUCACGCCCUCGUGACGACGCGUCUGAUAAACGCGAAUUUACCGAAACCUCAGCUUUUUCUCGCAAUUUGGCUGUUGCAGAGCGGCGUGUUGCCUUUCGACAUUAACCUGACACAAGACAAGGCGUUCCUCUCGAUAGUCAGGAGUUUGAUUCAGAUGCAGUUCUCCGAAAACGACGCGGAUCUAUACUGGACUGCGAAGAACUUUUACGAGUUCACUCGCAAGUUUCACUCUGACAUCCCCAAGCUUGUGGAGCAGACGCACAAUUUAUUGGAAAAAGAGGACCAUCGUUAUUACAAGAGUUUGGUGGAUAAUAACUUUCUCGACAGUUUGCCACUGUCGCUGUGGUUCGAGUGUUGUUUCGCCGGUGUAAUCAACGAAAAACACCUUAGCAGGGUUUGGGAUAAAGUCUGCGGGGGGUCGGUUAAGAUUUUGGUGUUCAUCGUUGUCGUAAUGCUGACCACCCUGAAGCACCGCAUCCUUAAAUUCAAGGAUGUCGAGUCUGUGCUGAAUUGUAUAAGAAACAUGACAGAAGACACCGCCGAUAUCAUAGUCAACAAAUCGGUAGACAUGUGGCAGCUGUUUGGCAGUCCGCUUACUGUACAUGAUAAAUCCAAAACGUGAUUUUGAUGUCGAAUAUAACAUGUUCGAAUUAUUUGCUUGAUUAUUUUUGCUAGAGUAUUAAAAAACAAUAAAC